AUACCGUAGAGUCACCAAUUCUAGUCAACUGGAAUAGCAAACGGACCGAGUAACCAUUUUGAGGAUAAAACGUGAGAUACGGGUGCGAAGACCUUUUUACCCCCUCCUCAUCCAUGGACCUUGAUCCUAGUAGGAACAUCUAAGCAUAAUAAUAACAACAAUAAUAAUAAUGACAUGAAGAAAAGUGACACAUGAUGUUGGGUGUGAGUGAUAUUGAUAACAUUUUGCUAGUCAUUUAAUAUGGAUCAAGCAUACACAGAAACAAGUUUCGCCAGGACUCUUCAUUUAUUGAUGAGCCGGUUGAUUAAUUCUGAUGUCAAUGCUAACUCACAAGAUGACCAUGCUUCAUCAUCAUCUACUUGUCACGACUAUCAAGUAUACAAGACAGAUGAACUUCAUAAACAGACAGAAAGGCUUGAAAAUAAUGAACUUUAUUUGACAACAAGGAAAGAAUCAGGAUAUACAGAUCCUGAAAAUAAGACAAAUAUUUCUGUUCCAAGUAUGAUUUAUAGGCGUCAAGUUAGUUCAACUUUUACUACCGGUGAAAAAUGUAGAAUCAGUAAUGCUUUCCUCCCAAAUAGUAUGACAAAAGUUGCUGAAUAUAAUAGCAAAGCAUUUUGUGGGAUCUAUUCCAGUGAUGGAAAAAUGUUGGUCACGACAACGCAAGAUAAUAAUAUACAUUUAUAUAGUACUGGAAGCGGUGAAUUUCAAAAAUUCAAAACAAUCUUUGUCCCAAAUGUUUCUUGGAGUAUAUUAGAUUUAGCCUUCAGUCCAGAUGGGAACUAUAUUGCAUAUUCUUGUUGGUCUAAUGCUGUUCAUCUUUGUCCAAUCUACGGUGAUUCUAGCUUUCAAGUACCUCUUCAAUUAGUUCCGUUUCACUCCGGAAGGUUUUGUGUAUUUUCUAUUGCUUUUUCUAAUAAUGGAAACGAGAUCGUUGGAGCUGCUAAUGACGGAUGUUUGUAUGUUUACGACUUGGAAUGCCAUAAGUUGACAACAAAAAUUAAAGGACAUACAGGUGAUGUUAACGCGGUAGUAAUUGCCGAUAAUUCAUCACAAAUUUUAUAUAGCGCUGGCGACGAUGGACUCUGUAUGGUUUGGGACAGAAGAACUUUAAAAGAAUCACGUCCAAAACCAGUGGGUGUCUUAGCUGGUCACAUGGGUGGAAUAACAUACAUUGAUCCACGAGGUGAUGGUCGUUAUCUUCUCACAAAUAGCAAGGAUCAAUCAAUAAAAUUAUGGGACGUUCGUAAAUUUUCAAGCAAAAAAGCUCAAAUGAAUACACGUGUUGCUGUUGUGAAUCAAGAUUGGGAUUAUCGAUGGCAUACGCAUGUUCCUAAACAGCGAUUUAAAUCAACUGAAAUUCUGGAAGGAGAUACCAGUGUCAUGACAUAUCGAGGACAUGUUGUGAUACAAACUUUAAUUCGUUGUCAUUUCUCACCUGUUGCGUCAACUGGACAAAGAUAUAUUUAUACUGGAUGUGGAGAUGGACGAAUAGUCAUUUACGAUCUGUUGACUGGAAAAAUUGUUAAGACAUUAGAAGGUCAUGAUGGUUGUGUUAGAGACGUGCAUUGGCAUCCAUAUGAUCAAGAAAUAAUUUCAACUUCGUGGGAUGGAAUAGUAGGUUGUUGGCGUUAUUAUCCUGAACCAUAUUCAUCAGAUGCUAGAAAAUUUACUCUCAAUUACGAAGAUGACGAAAAUUGAGGGUUUAGAUGAUAUUUUUUUAAAAAUAAGAUAAUUAUUUAGAAAAGAGACUCCAUCUCAGUUUUAGUGCUACAAAUUUCGUCAGCUUGUUCCAAAAUAAAACGCGUAGAACAGGUUGAAAUUCUAAUAUCCUAACGAAAUUGAGGGAAGUUACACUUGUAAAUAGUUAUGAAAAAAAAUUAAUCGAAAAUUAUUCUUUGAUGAUAUUAAAAUUCUCAACCAUUAUUACAACUAAUAAAAAUCAAUAAUAGUUGUAACUACUGCAAAUAGUAAUUUUACGUAAUAAUGAAAGUUUAACUUGUGUGUAUUAUAACCAACAUGAAAUUUGUUUAACAGCUCCUAUAUAAUCUAAUAAUUAAAAUUGAAGAACUUUGUAAAUAUUUAUCUAAAUCAUAUAAUAUGAUUAUCUGAAAAUUA